UAAAAUCUUUGAAAGUGUUUCAAUAAAUAUUUGAAUUCCUUACAAAAUAAUCAUUAACACAAAAUCAAAUUUAUAGUGUAUUAGAAACCCUUGAUAGUAUUUACUUUCAUUUGGUUGAAAGGAAAUGUCUUUAUGGACAUUCCUGAUGCAGUUUUGGGGAAACUGAUUUUAGUAACGACAGUUACUGUGUUUUUGGUUUUCGUUUUUUGGAUCAAUUCUUAUCCUUUCAUAGACGAAGAUCUUGCUAUCUACAAAUACAUUCCUGAUCCACAGUGGGCAUUACUAGCGUGCGCCGUUUGGGGCUUCUUCUUCAUUGGGGGACUCAUGUCUUUUACUCUGUACCACAUAUAUCCACACCUCUAACUUAUUUACAUAAAGCUCAAAUCACAAUGGCACAUGGGAAAAUGGACAACUGGAUUAUCAUAGGAGUAUCUGGUGUUACUUGUGGAGGAAAAACAACACUAGCGAAUAAAUUAAAAAACCUUCUCACACCGGUGUAUGUAUUCCAUCAAGAUAAAUACUUCUAUCCGGAUGAUAGUCCCCAUCAUAUCAAAUGUGAUGGCUUGGACCACAACAACUAUGAUAUACUGUCGUCUCUGGACAUGCAAGCUAUGUUCAAUGAUAUUAUGAAGACUGUGGACGGUGAAAAUAAAGCACAUUCGUUUAAUGACGAAAAGUGUGGGGGGAAGUUACAAGUGAAUGGUAAAAAGUUUAUCGUGUUGGAAGGGUUUACAGUGAUGAAUUAUAAACCCAUUAUGGAAAUUUGUAAUUUAAGAUACUACUUCGUGUUAGAAUACGGCGAGUGCCUGUCUCGCCGCUGCCUCCGGCUGUACGAGCCGCCCGACGUGGACGGCUACUUCGACCAGUGCGUGUGGCCCGAACACAUCCGAUACAGAGCCGAGAUCGAGAAGGACAAUCGUGUCAAAAUCUUAGACGGAACGUGUCACGACGCUCUGGAUAUUGUCGUUUCAGAUCUUAAAACUCUCGGAGCCGUUAAAGUUUAGCAAAUAACAGAGGUUCAUAGUAAUGAGAUUGUGUUGAUCUUUUAACGAGCAAAAAUGUAUACAACACUUUAAUUGAUUAUAAUAUUGAUGAUUAAAUCGAGUUCAUAUAUAUACUUGUAUUAUUGGUAGAUCAUUAGUAUAAUUAAUGGAUGUGCUUGGAAAAGAUAUUAUAUACAACUUCUUAUAGUUACUAAAAUAUCCAUGUCAAUGUUGCUUUUUGUGUUAUAAGAGACAAAAUGUAUCGCGGGUUGAAAUUUUUAUACGCAGUAUUUUCGUAUGUUCACAUUUUCUUGUUUAUGACGCUACACGUUUCUAGUAAAUAUAUAUAAAUACGUUUCUAA